AAAGGAAGCAGCGGAAGGGAAUGACAUAGCUCACCUGACCUGGGAGGUGAACACUCAACUCAGAAUGAGGGACAUUGAACAUGAGGCUUUUACUGAGUUGGCCACCGACCUUAGUCAACCCAUUGACUCACUUGACUUAAAUACUGACCUCUCCUACCUAAACCCUGAGGUCUGCGAUGAGGUUGUAAGAGCUCUAAAGAGCAUUUCCCGGAGCCUGGCCUUCCAGCCGUACUCCAAGCUGUGCUGUCCCUCUAAGGUGGUGGUGGACAUCGUGCCCAGGCUGCUCCAGGCCCUCUGGUCCCGCCAGAUGGAAGGCCCCUGUGACAUGUCCUCCAUGGCCCUGAGCAACAUGAGUGUCACCAAAGUGCUGGCAGUAGUGGAUAACCUCUCUGGAGUUCUGAAGGCCCUUCCUGUCGCUCAGGUCUACUACUCACGUUCCACUGGUGUCAGGAUGGUCCACUCACUCAACCGUAAGAUCCAGUUCCUAAGCAGCCCUGAGGACCUUAGGAGGACUCUUUUAAUCCAAAGUUCCACCCUGAUCAGCACCAUCAUUGAAGCUGUGAGCACGAAAGUCCAGAGGAUGUUUGAAGCUCCUGCUGACUACAUUCCAUUAAGCUCUAUCCGCAGCUGGCUAUCAGAGCCAAAGGCGAGCGAGGUUCGUCCAAAGUGCUCUGACCAGCUGGUAAUCUCCUCGGAGCUCCUGAGGACCAUCAUUGGUCUGAUAGUUUAUGUAGUCUUCGAAGGCCACCUAGAGGAAGACAUCAACCUUCAUUACUGGCCCCUCAUAAAUGACAUAAUCCACCAGCUGUCACUGUGUGGGGUCAAAGUCACAAAGAGAGCGAGCAAGGCUAACUGGCAUCUUGGCUGGGACCAGAUCCUUGAGAUGGUGACAAACAUCCAUACCCAUCUUCACCACUACACUGGCACAGAGCUGGUACUUAAGUUUGCAACAUCUGCCAGGGGCACCAUGCUAACGAGGCACAUGGUUCACCAUGUGGUCGAGGAGCUGGUAAAGCUGAAGGACUUGGAUGAAGGGACAACAGCUUCAGGGAGCAGUGAGUCUGUGGACGUGAACCUGGCAAUCACCGACCACUUUGUCCCUAUCCUUGUCAAAGCGGUGGACUGGCUUCAACCCCUGGCCACUACCCCAGCGGUGGACAUAGCAGCACCCCUAAUCACUAACUCAGUCAAAGUGGACAACAUCACAACAACCCUGACCACUACACCAGUUGACCUCCAGUCAGGGGAUGUUGUGGUCAAACACCCAGCACCCUGCAUACUACCCCCAGGCUUUGCCCCGGCACCAUGCACCCCACCACCAAGCUUUGCUCUUGCAUCCUGCACCCCACCACCAGGCUUUUCCCCAGCAUCCUGCCCCCCACCACCAGGCUUUUCCCAGGCAUCCUGCCCCCCACCACCAGGCUUGCCCCAGCACUAG